AUGGAAUACAUAGAAGACUGGGUUGAGAGAGCCUUAUCAUGCUUUUAUAAAGAAAGCUAUAAGGAUGAUCCAAAAGAUGCCAAAAAAUCAUCUUCACAGAUUCAUUACUUGGAUCCGCUCAAUCUACUCGAUGACAAUAAGCUCAAAUCAGAAUUUGAAAAAUUCGUUGAAGAACUUGGCUUGAACGAAGAUAAACGUCAAGAACUCUUUAACUAUCCACGAGAAAAGAAGAUUACCUUAUUAACAACUCAAAAUGCUCGUGAUUUGGCUGAUUCAAAAAUAUUCAUUUCACUUCUUCAUCAACUUAACACUAAGCUGAGUGUGGACGUGGACACAUUAGAACAACUGCAGAAUCUUGUGAUUACUCUUCGAACCCAAGGCGAAAGCUUCAUCGCAGAGUUUAUCAAUUCAUCUGGAUUAGAUCUAUUGAUCUCCGUAUUAGAGAAGUGUCAUCAGAAAUCAGGAAGAGAAUCUUGUGCCCUACUCCUGAUUUGUUCGUUCCGAGCUCUACUUAACUCUACAAUUGGACGUCAAUCGGUACUAAACAAUUCGGAUGCACUACAGAUACUAGCAAGAUCAAUCAGUUUGAACGACGCCAAGUGUAAGGUUAUCUCCAUUGAAGUCUUAUCUGGUCUAUGUUUUGUUCCCGAAGACGACGGUCACGCUAAGAUUCUAGCUGCAAUCAGUGAGGUAUCCGCUUUAUUAGGAGAGAGAACGAGGUUUCAGUGCUUACUCAACGAUUUACACAAGAAUUUUACAUCUUAUCGCGAAUCAGAUCGAGUACGAACUGCUAUACUCGGACUUCUUAAUGCCUUAUUAAGCAACGGAUCUGCUCAGAAUAGUGUAGAAUUCCGGACACAUCUACGUUUCGAGCUACUCAUGCUGGGGAUCAGUACCAUACUAGACAAUAUUCGAGAAGAUGCCUCUUCUCGCUUAGAUGAUCACAUUGAUUUGUUCGAGAUGAUGAGAAAAGAAGAUGAAUUAGCUUUAUGCGGCUCAUCAGAAGACUCUGGUGCUUCGUCACCCGUUGACUUUGAAAGUGUCGUGGGAAUGGCUGAGGCUUUACAUGAGAAGUUAUCAUCUUCUCUCGCACUUCCCCAUUUUAUAUCCCUUUUACAACAUCUAUUCAUGGUUCCAUGUGAUGAAAAGCACACUCCAUUAUGGAAGCUUUUCGAUCUCAUCCUUCAGCAGUUGACAUUGGAAAGUACAGUUGAAGGAAUGACUGAUAGUGGUCAUAAUGUCAUCAAUAAUAUUGACAUGAACACUUUCCUCUCUCGACUACAAACUCAAUGUGAAUUGGAGAAAGCUGAAAGUGAUUUGGAAAAACUGAAGGAAGAAUUGGAACACGAACGAACCAAAUGCAUUGAAUUGGAAAACAAAUUGGCUGACUAUCUAGAUGGCAGAUCAAGCAUUUCAAGCAGAAUUUCAACCUUGUCAUCUUCUCCAUCCGAUCCAUGUCCUUCACCCACUCCUACUCUGCCUCCUGUCUGUCCAACUGUAGCCCCACCACCUCCGCCUCCUUUCGGAGGAAUUCAAGCCUUGAAAACAGCGGAACCUCAGAAAAAAGUCCCAACUCCUGGGGGGCCUUUGAAAUCUUUUAAUUGGAAUAAGCUCACAUCAGAGAAAGUGAAAGGUUCAAUAUGGGAGAAUGUAGAUGAUGAGAAAAUCUAUAAGCAAAUUGAUCUCUCAGAAGUUUCAACCAUAUUUGCCUCAACCUCAAACACAAAGGAUGAUGAUACAGAAACAAUUGCGGGAACAUUGAGAAGAAACCGCGAAACCCAAGUUUCCGUAAUUGACUCUCGAAGAUAUCAGAAUUGCACUAUCAUGCUAUCAAAACUCAAACUAACUCAUAAAGAGAUUCGAUCUGCUUUAAUGAAUAUGGAUGAACAAGGAAAGUUACCGAAGGAUAUGUUAGAACAAAUGUUGAAAUUCGUACCAACACGAGAAGAAAUAAAUCUUCUUAACGAGACUGUCUCUCGGUCUAAGGGGCCAACAGUUUUAGCUCUAGCUGACAGAUAUUUAUUCGAAAUGGCACAAAUUCCACGAUUUGAGCAGAGAUUACGUUGUCUUCACCAUAUACGAACAUUCAAUGACAGAGUAGAAUAUAUCUUACCCCUUAUCCAAGCUGUUACGAAGGCAUCUACUGACAUCGUCUCGAAUAAGAGAUUCAAACAACUUUUGACUGUAGUUUUAGCUCUGGGAAACUACCUGAACUAUGGAAAACGAAACGGGAACGCUUAUGGAUUUGACUUGUACUCGCUAAACCGUAUUAGUGAUGUCAAGUAUUCAACUGCUCCUAACAAAAACCUUCUCCAUUACAUAAUCUCUUGGACUGACCGAAAAUCUCCUGACAUCAUGAAAUUGAGAAAAGAACUUGCAACAAUUUCCGAGGCUGCAAGAUGCAGCCGUUCUGAAGUUUUGGCAGAAAUCCGAAGUCUGGAACAGGCGAUUGCGUUUGUGAGGGCGGAGUUGAACCAUGUGGAAACCCAAAGACGUCAAGAAACACCGGAAGAUGUCGUCACUAACAAGAAGGAUCGCUUUAUGUCUGUGGCAAAAAACUUCAUCACAACAGCAACGAACGAAUUCAAUAAUUUGGAAAACUCUUUUAAGGAAAUGACAAAUAAGUUCACGGAAUGCACGAGAUAUUUCUGCUUCGAUAGCAACUCGACUCCAGAAGAAUUUUUCUCUGUGUUGGCCAAGUUCUUCAACAGCUUGUCUGAACACUACCAACAGUAUUACUGGUCAUUGAAUGAAGAGAAGGAGAAAGUCAAGAGAGAAACUCUCGCCAGAAGUUAUUUUACCAAGAAAAGUAAACGAAACGACAAAGAACGAGAUUUCGAACAGCUCAUAAGUGCCCUGCAAUCGGGCGACAUAUUCAAAGAAGAACUGAGUCGUCUGCGCACGUCAUUCAGAAUGUCAAAACGAUCGAGGAUACCGAGAGCGUGA